CGUCUUGCUUCCCACUGCGACGACCUCACGAAUCUGCUCGCGAUGCUCGGCGUCCUCAUCAUGUCCGCGCUCCUCGGUGCGGCCUCCUUCGGCUGCGGCAUGCUUCCCCUGGCAUUCACGUUCUCCCGCACUCAUCUGGCAUGGCUGAGUACGCUGGGGGCAGGCCUGCUUCUGGGCACUGCGCUGGGCGUAACGAUCCCUGAAGGCAUCGAAACCAUCCUUGAAGCCCCUCCAAAAGACCCCACCUCUGAACCUCCCGUCAACACCAUCGCUCUCGCCCUCCUCGGCGGCUUCGUCGUCAUGCUCGCCGCCGAGCAGCUCCUGCACGCGCAUGCCCCCUCUGCUCCGCGCAUCGAGUUCGACGCGGAGCUGUCCGAGCUGGAGGGCGCGGCGCCGAGGCAUGGUGUCGCUGGAGAGCAGGCGCAGCGCGCGGUGCCGCUGACGCUGGGGCUGGCGGUGCAUGCGCUGGCGGACGGUUUGGCGCUGGGCGCGGCGGCGCGGGAUGACGAUGGGGGGUUGGGGUGGAUCGUGUUCCUGGCGCUGUUGGUGCAUAAGGCUCCCACCGCCCUCGCUCUAACCACGUCCCUCCUGGCGACCUCAUCUCUAACGCGCGAACAAUGCCGAACCCACCUCGCCGUAUUCAGCGCAGCAACACCUGCCGGUGCCAUCGCUGCCUACGCCCUCUUCGCCUUCCUGGGGACAGGGCAGGCCUGGGUAGGAGCAACGCUUCUGUUCUCGGGCGGCACCUUCCUCUACGUCGCAACUGUUCUACAGCCCGUCACGCAGGAGCAGAGCGCCGACGGUGGACCCGCGGGCGUUACUCGCGUGCUCGUCAUCGCGCUGGGCAUGUUCACGCCUUGGGUCAUUGGGCACAUCAUUGGACACGAGCACUGAGAUGGGGGUGGCAGGCAAACUCAGGACUUGUUAGGAAAACGCCGUAGACUUGUAAAGGCUUCCAUGACUUGUAAAGGCCUCCCUGACUUGUAAGAGCCUUUGCUGCUCUUGUACCGAGUUGGACCCCACCUCAAUGUAUUUCUUGCACGUUAGACGCAGACGAAAAAACCUC